ACAAAAUAUUGUCAUUCAUAAACCCUAUAACUUUGUGGUCUCUUUCCUUGUAAUUUCCUUUAUCAGAAGUUUCACAGAAAUUCUAAGAGUUUACCAUCCAAUUUCCUUGUCAUUCCUUCAAGAUAGCUUAGUUUCAAAGUAAGCACCUCAAAGAACAAAACAAUCUCAAUCAUCAGCUCUAAAAUAUUUGUGACCUGACAAGGUAAGUUCUUCUUAUUAUGCUGCAACCUUGUCUAAAUGACUAGAAUUUGUUGUAGUAGUAGAAUUAUCAAACUCUUGUUGAUUGUUUCCUUCUUGCAUGGUGGUUUUGCACUUACCACUGAUGGGUUGACUCUGUUGUCACUCUUGACUCACUGGACCUUUGUUCCUCCUCUCAUCAACUCUAGUUGGAAAGCUUCUGAUUCAAUUCCAUGCUCAUGGGUUGGUGUUCAAUGUGACCAUACCAACAAUGUCAUUUCCAUUAAUCUCACUAACCAUGGGAUUCUUGGUCAACUUGGACCAGAAAUUGGAAACUUUUAUCACUUGCAGAACCUUGUAUUGUUGGGUAAUGGUUUCACAGGAAAUGUCCCUUCAGAGUUAAGCAAUUGUAGUUUGCUUGAGUAUUUAGACCUUUCUAAGAAUAGAUUCAGUGGAAAGAUACCAUAUAGUUUGAAAAAGUUGCAAAAUUUAAAGGUUAUAGGACUGUCUUCCAAUCUGCUGACUGGUGAAAUUCCAGAUUCAUUGUUUGAAAUUCAUUCCCUCGAAGAAGUGAGCCUACACAGUAACCUUCUCAGUGGCCCUAUCCCAACAAAUAUUGGAAACUUGACUCAUCUAUUGAGGUUGUAUCUACAUCGUAAUAUGUUUUCAGGGACUAUUCCUUCAGCUAUUGGUAAUUGUAGUAAACUAGAGGACCUUAACUUAUCUUUCAACCGUUUGAGAGGUGAAAUUCCGGUCUUUGUUUGGAGAAUACAAAGUCUUUUGCACAUCUUGGUUCACAACAACAGCCUCUCUGGAGAACUACCUUUUGAGAUGACAGAGCUCAAGUAUCUAAGAAAUAUCUCAUUGUUUGAUAAUCAGUUCUCAGGAGUCAUACCUCAAAGCUUGGGAAUCAACAGCAGUAUAGUGAAGUUGGACUGUAUGAAUAACAAGUUCAAUGGCAAUAUCCCACCCAAUCUUUGCUUUGGAAAGCAUUUGUUAGAGCUCAAUAUGGGAAUCAAUCAACUACAAGGUGGCAUACCUUCUGAUCUUGGAAGAUGCGCAACUCUAAGGAGGUUGUUUCUCAAUCAAAAUAAUUUCACCGGGUCGCUUCCUGAUUUUGCAAGUAAUCUUAACCUGAAAUACAUGGACAUAAGCAAGAACAAUAUCAGCGGGCCAAUUCCAUCGAGUUUGGGAAAUUGCACAAAUCUGACAUACAUUAAUCUGUCAAGGAACAAAUUUGCACGACUUAUACCAUCAGAGUUGGGAAACCUAUUGAAUCUUGUGAUUUUGGAACUUUCUCACAACAACUUGGAAGGUCCUCUGCCACAUCAGCUGUCAAACUGUAGUCACAUGGAUCGUUUUGAUAUAGGAUUCAAUUUCCUAAAUGGAUCACUCCCAUCAAAUUUGAGAAGUUGGACAAACAUAACCACAUUGAUUUUAAGAGAAAAUUACUUCACAGGAGGUAUCCCAGAGUUUUUAGCUAAAUUUAGAAACCUUCGUGAGUUACAACUUGGUGGAAAUUUGCUUGGAGGAAAAAUUCCUCGAUCGAUUGUAACAUUGCGUAAUUUGUUCUAUGGGUUGAAUUUGAGUGCUAAUGGAUUGAUAGGUGGCAUUCCUGUAGAAAUUCAGAAACUAAAAAUGCUGCAAAGUCUGGAUAUAUCCUUGAACAAUUUGACGGGAAGCAUAGACGCACUUGGAAGUCUUGUUUCAUUAAUUGAGGUCAAUAUUUCUCACAAUCUCUUCAAUGGUUCUGUACCAACAGGUCUAAUGAAGUUAUUGAAUUCCUCACCAUCAUCAUUCAUGGGUAAUCCUCUCAUAUGUGUCAGUUGUUUAAGUUGCAUUAAAACUAGUUAUGUAAAUCCAUGUGUCUCCAAAUCAACCGAUCACAAAGGUAUCAGUAAUGUUCAAAUUGUGAUGAUUGAAAUUGGAUCCUCUAUAUUGAUUUCUGUUGUGCUGGUAAUAAUAAUUCAAAGGCGUUUCCUUAGAAAGGAAUCAGAUACGGAAGAUCUAAAGCAAUGGUAUAUUGGUAGGGGAGCUGGAUUGAUUGGAACCAGAUAUGCUUACGAAUUCAACGUAUCAGGUGAAGAUAAACCACCUGACCUUCAGAAACUAGUGUUGCAGGCUACAGAGAACCUAAGUGAUCAAUAUAUUAUUGGAAGAGGAGCACAUGGUAUUGUGUACAAAGCUUUGCUUGGUCAACAGGUUUAUGCUGUAAAGAAGUUUGAAUUCACAAGCAACAGGGUAAAGCGGCUACGUAUGAUGUGCAAUGAAAUUGAAGUGCUUGGAAUGUAUAAGCAUCGAAACGUGAUCAAAUACGCUGACUACUGGAUUGGAAAGGACUAUGGUUUAGUCUUGUAUGAAUUCAUGAAAAAUGGAAGCCUUCAUGAUAUUUUGCAUGAGAAGAAACCUCCACCACUCUUUACGUGGAGUGACCGGCUUAAGAUUGUUGUUGGAAUUGCUGAAGGACUAGCAUAUCUGCAUAAUGAUUGUGACACACCGAUAGUGCACCGAGACAUUAAACCAAAAAAUAUUCUUAUUGAUGACAAUCUAGAGCCAAUUAUAGCUGAUUUUGGUACCGUCUUAUACAGGAAGUUGUCUGAAGAUUCUUAUGGUCAUUCAGAAACCAGGAAAAUGCGUUCAUCGAUCGUUGUUGGUACCCCUGGCUAUAUUGCACCAGAGAAUGCAUAUGCAAUAGUGCAAAGCAGAAAGUCUGAUGUAUAUAGCUAUGGAGUUAUUUUGCUUGAGAUAAUAACAAGAAAGAAGGUGGUAGUUCCCUGUUUGAAUGAUGAUACAAAUGUGACCUCUUUAGUGAGCUGGGCUAGAUCUGUAUGGCUGGAAACAGGCAAAAUUGAGUACAUUGCUGAUUCAUACCUUGCAAGAAGAUUUCCCAAUUCAGCUGCGCUGACCAGGCAAGUCACUACAAUGUUUUUAUUGGCAUUGCAAUGUACAGAGAAGGAUUUACGAAAGAGACCAAUCAUGAAAGAUGUUAUUGGUUUGUUUAAAAUGCACUUGUUUAAGCGGUGUGACGAGGAAGAAUAUGGUGAUGCGGUUGCAGCUAAUAUGCUCCCUAACAUUCCAUUUGUCAGCAUUGACCACAAUCUACAUGGAGAAAGCAGUAGGGCAGCUGCCCAAAGACAAAGAGAAGUUAUAUUUAAUAUGGAGACGGAUCCUAUGGAUUAUUAUAGUGACUUUGGCUUUUGGCAGGACACUGAACAUGAACCUAUGGAUUAUUAUAGUGACUCUAGCUUUUGGCAUGACAUUGAUCAAUUUCUAUCUGGAUUCGGUGUUGAAGAUGAUUGGAAUCUCAAACCAACAAUUUGUAUUGAUGGGCUUUUAGUUAAACUGAUGGGAAAUGGUAAGAUAAUAGCUGAAAAGCUUGUGAAGGUAGCUGCUCUGAAUGUUCCAAAAGUAACCUAUGUUUGGCCUUGUUUGAUUUUCCUUCCCUCUGGCGUUGGUCCAGUAGUUACCAAACCUUUCAAUUGGUUUUUUCUCUCACGUUGGGGCCAAUAUAUGCACCUUCAACAAUCCUUGUAUUAUCAACCCAAAUCAUACUUCUUAAAUGCCAAUAAAAUCAAUGCCCUUCAGGACCUAGUUUUGGAGGCUACAGAGAACCUAAAUGAUCACUAUAUUAUUGGCAGGGGAGCACAUUGUAGUGUGUACAAAGUUAUACUUGGUCAACAAGCUUUUGCUUUAAAGAAGUUUGAAUUUGGAAGGAACAAUAAAAUGCAACUAAGUGUCAUGUUCAAUGAAAUUGAAGUCCUUGCAAUGUUUAAGCAUCAAAAUUUGAUGAAAUACGCACACUACUGGAUUGGAGGGGAUUAUGGUUUAGUCUUAUAUAAAUUCAUGGAAAAUGGAAGCCUUCAUGAUAUUUUGCAUGAGAAGAAACCCCCACCACCCUUUAUAUGGAGUGACCGGCUUAAGAUUGCUGUUGGAAUUGCUCAAGGAUUAGCGCAUCUGCAUUAUUAUUGUAUCCCACCCAUAGUGCACCUAGACAUCAAACCAAAUAACAUACUUCUUGAUGAUAAUAUGGAGCCUAUUAUAGCUGAUUUUAGUACUGCCCUGCUAUGUGACAUGUCUGAGGAUUCUUGUAGUCAUUUUGAAACCAGGCAAAUGUUUUCAUCGCAUGUUUUUGGUACCGGAGAUUAUACUACACCAGAAAAUGCAAAUGCAGCAAUGCACAACAGAAAGUCUGAUGUAUACAGCUACGGAGUUGUUUUGCUCGAGCUAAUAACCAGAAAGAAAGUGUUUGCUCCCUAUUUUGAUGAUGAAACAAAGGAGACCAGUUUAGUGUGCUGGGCAAGAUCUAUAUGGCUGGAAACAGGCAAAAUCGAGAAGAUUGUCGAUUCAUACCUUGCCAGUUCAUUUCCCAAUUCAGUGGAACUAACCAAGCAAGUCACGUCAAUGUUUUUAUUGGCAUUGCAAUGCACAGCGACAGAUCUGCGAAAGAGACCGACCAUGAAAGAUGUUAUUGACUUGUAUAAAAGCGACAUGUGUAAGUGGAGGUGUGGUGAGGUGGAAGAUGGUGAUGCAUUUGUAGCCAAUACAACACUACAACCAUGUAGUACUUGUAAUAUUUUCUCUGAUGUUCCAGUUGUUAGUAUUGACGACCAUCUCCAUGGAAAAGUUACAUUUAAUGUGGAUGCCGAACCUCGAGAUAAUAGUGACUUUGGAUUUUGGCAAGAUGCGGAUAAAUUUCCACUGGGAGUCUAUGAUUGGGAUGAUUGGAAACUCAUGUCUAGACCUGCAGUUGGUAUCCAUGGACUUGUAAUUCAACUAAUGGGAAAUUGUGAGACAGAGGUUAAAACAGUGGUGGUAGCUGCUCUAAUUGUUCCAAAAAUAACCUAUUCCCAGCCUUGUUUGAUUUACCUUCCCUCUAUCACUGGGCCAACACUUACACAACUUUUCAAUUGGUUUUUCCUCUCACAGUGGGGUCAAUAUAUGUACCAAAAGAAAUCCUUGUAUUAUCAACCUAAAUCAUACUUUAUACAUGCCAAUCAUAUAGACUCCCUUCUUUUUUCUUUUUUUGAGGGAAUAUAGACUCCCUUCUUGUCGCUACUAUGGAGCCUCUUAUAUCUCUCAUCUUGUGUAAGUAAUAUACUGUUGAGCUCCAUUCUUAUUUUUCCUUUUUAUUUCUUCUAAUAAUGUGUAGAACUAGUUAUCUACUUAAGUCACAAGUGAGUAACUGUUCAAUUAUUCCAUUAUCACCAUUUACACUA